UAACCUCGUUCGUUCUUUAACGGGUACGUCUCCCUCUGUUAAACUUGAACAUCCAGUUCAUCGUCAGAGAUAGAUUGGUGCGAGUCGUAUGUAAGUGUAUAGUUACAUAGAAGGCACGUAAAUUUGUAUUAAACGAUUAAUGUUAUCGAAAGGAUUCAAAUUUGAAAAUACUCGAUUUAAAUAGAAGAAGACUACAGCUUGAUUCAGACAAAUCGUAAUUGUUCAAAAUUUAAGAGAGAAGGAAGGGCGUACGUAAAAGUCGCCCAUUGAAACACGAACUAAAAAUUUGCGAGCGAAUUUAGCGCAGGAAAGAAGCAGACGGCGGGCCAAAAACAGCUGUGUAUACGGCAGAGACAGUGGUUGCUUCAAAAAGUCGCCGUAGUGUCAUGAGAGGCGGUCUCACAGUCCGCCCUUUUUAUCGGUCCCUUUUAGAGUCAUGCAUGUCGCGCCCUUCAAACGAGCUACCGUGGGACAUGAUCCACAGACAAGUAACGGAAACCAAUCGCAACAGCAGUUACAAAGCGGUGGAUGGAAUGGAAUUCCUGAAACGACAUUGGUCUCUCGAUCGAUUAGAAACAACGGUAACAGCAAUGGUUGGAACCCAAUUAUGUCGCCGUUCCAACAUCAACAAGAACAACAGCUACACGUACGAAAACAAAAAGAAGUUAAAUCUGGGGAUCUGGGAGAUGAUGAAGACGAUAGUGGAGGGGGUGGAGGGCUGGAGGGGACGGACCCAGAGGAGAACAACUCUGUUCACCUCAAGAGACGGGUGGGACUCGUCAGUGGGGUGGCUCUAAUCGUUGGUACUAUGAUAGGUAGAGCAAUCUAUACGAUCAGUUCUGGGAUAUUCGUUUCGCCAUCAGGGCUUCUGGUUCGAACCGGCAGUAUCGGAAUCAGCUUCCUCGUAUGGACGGCCUGUGGCAUGUUGAGUUUGUGCGGAGCGUUAGCAUACGCUGAACUGGGUACGAUGAAUACGAGCAGCGGCGCCGAGUAUGCUUACUUUAUGGACGCAUUCGGCGCACCACCUGCUUUUCUCUUCUCAUGGGUUUCCACUUUGGUUUUAAAACCAUCCCAGAUGGCAAUAAUCUCUUUGUCGUUCGCACAGUACGCGGUCGAGGCAUUCGCGGCUGACUGUGAUCCACCCGAGGAAGUCGUCAAAAUCGUUGCACUUCUGGCGAUUAUACUUAUACUAUUAGUAAACUGUUACAGCGUUAAUCUAGCCACAGGUGUACAAAACGCAUUUACCGCAGCAAAACUGAUCGCUAUACUUGUUGUAAUUGCUGGUGGCUCUUAUAAAUUGAUACAGGGUAAUACGCAGCACUUGAAAGGCGCUUUCGAUACCAUGGACGGCGGUGGUACUAUCAACGUAGGCAGAUUAGCCACAGCUUUUUACACUGGUUUAUGGGCAUACGAUGGAUGGAACAAUCUCAAUUACGUUACUGAAGAAAUCAAAAAUCCUUCCAAAAAUCUACCACGUUCUAUCAUGAUUGGCAUACCCCUUGUCACGCUAUGCUACGCAUUGAUAAACGUUUCCUACUUAGCUGUGAUGUCACCUUCGGAGAUGAUCGAAAGCGAAGCUGUUGCAGUGACGUUCGGAAAUCGAAUUCUUGGCGUUAUGGCGUGGCUCAUGCCCCUUUCUGUCGCGAUAAGCACGUUUGGUUCUGCAAAUGGUACUCUUUUUGCAGCAGGUAGACUCUGCUUUGCCGCGUCUCGAGAGGGUCAUUUACUCGACUGUCUUAGUUAUGUACACGUGCGACGUUUUACUCCUGCACCAGGACUUAUCUUCCAUUCCCUUGUCGCAGGAGCAAUGGUACUAUCCGGAAAUAUCGAUUCUUUAAUCGAUUUUUUUUCCUUCACUGCUUGGAUCUUUUAUGGCGGAGCAAUGUUAGCUUUGUUAGUAAUGCGAAGAACCAGACCGAAUCAUCCUCGACCAUAUAAAUGUCCGCUGAUAAUACCUGUUCUCGUACUUGGAAUCUCCGCGUACCUGAUUGUAGCGCCAAUCAUCGAUAAACCUCAAAUUGAAUACUUGUAUGCAGCUGGGUUCAUAUUAGCAGGCAUGCUCGUCUACCUCCCGUUUGUGAAAUACGGAUAUGUGCCCAAAUUUAUGGAAGGAAUAAAUGCCUUUCUUCAAAUGUUGCUCGAAGUUGCACCAACAGCUGCAGCAUUUGAUUGACCUCGAGCAAAAGUGUGAUUUUUUAAAUGCCAAAUCAUUCCAUUGUGGCACAGCGAACACAAUAUGAAUAUCUAUUUUAAAUACGAGUAGAUAAAAAUAUGUAUCCUCCUAUCGAAGCUCAAGGCUGGUCCGAAUGAAUUCACAAAAGUAUA